AGAAGAAGAAAACAUCUCUAACUGGGGUAAAGGCCACCUUGCCUCUUUCAUGCCGUGGCCACCAGCUGUUUGACACAUUGUUUCCGGCUAGUUUUAGCAAAGUUGGAACCGGUCUUGCUCCUGAACUGAACUGAAUUGAAUAGUCCGUUCACAUACUCUGCAUUAAAAACAUAUCUGCAGAGAAAUCUGACGUUUCAAAAUGUUGCAAAACACAGGAAAGCUAGCGGGACAAACCCUGUUCAUUACAGGGGCAAGUCGUGGGAUUGGGAAAGCCAUCGCACUUAAAGCUGCCAGGGACGGUGCCAAUGUCGUCAUAGCCGCUAAAACCGCACAGGCCCACCCCAAACUACCUGGAACCAUCUACACAGCUGCAGAAGAAAUCGAGGCAUUGGGAGGCAAAGCGUUGCCUUGUAUCGUAGACGUCAGAGAUGAGAAGCAGAUUGGAGAUGCAGUGGAACAGGCCGUGCAGAUGUUUGGAGGUAUUGAUAUCCUGGUGAACAAUGCCAGUGCCAUUAACCUGACGGGAACCCUGGAGACGCCCAUGAAAAAAGUGGACCUUAUGCUGGGGGUCAACCUCAGAGGAACCUAUCUGACGUCUAAACUGUGCAUCCCACAUCUGUUGAAGAGUAAAAACCCUCACAUCCUCAACCUCAGCCCACCGCUUAACCUUAACCCCAUCUGGUUCAAAAACCACUCAGCAUACACAAUGGCCAAGUAUGGCAUGUCCAUGUGUGUUCUGGGCAUGGCUGAGGAGUUCAGAGGGUCCAUUGCUGUCAAUGCCUUAUGGCCCAAGACGGCCAUCCAGACUGCUGCUAUGGACAUGCUGGGGGGCGCGGAGGUGGGAAAGCAGUGUCGUAAAGUUGAUAUCAUGUCAGACGCAGCCUACGCCAUCUUCAGUAAGCCUCCCAGCUACACCGGGAACUUUGUUAUCGACGAGGAAAUUCUGAAGACCGAGGGCAUUAAAGACUUUGACAUAUACGCCGUCGCUCCAGGUAAUGCACUGCUCCCGGACUUCUUCCUGGAUGAGGCUGAGGCUCUGGUGCAGAACAUGGGGGAUCAGGUUGUCAUCCCAGUGGUAAAGGGUGACAAACCCAGCGCUGCGUGGGCCACCAGUGGACCCAUAGCGGAAACAUUCAAUAUCAUCAAGGGAGUCCUCAACCCUGACAUUGUCAAAUCCACUGGAGGAGUCUACAAGUUCGACCUGUCUGGUGAGCAUGCAGGAGUAUGGUUCAUUGACAUGAAGAACGCAGGGGGCAGUGCAGGUAGCGGAGAGCCCCCAGUCAAAGCCGACGUGGUCAUGACCAUGGACAGUGCUGACUUCACCAAGAUGUUUGCAGGCAAACUAAAGCCCACCAUGGCCUUCAUGUCAGGGAAGCUGAGGAUUAAAGGAGACAUGACCCUGGCUAUCAAGAUGGAGAAGAUGAUGUCCAUGAUGAAGAAAUCUAAACUCUAAAUUAUAACUGUGAGAAUGGCUGUGUCUGAAAGGGCACCCUAUUCACUAAUUUGGUGCCUUCAAGACAACUGGGAACUCAACAAAAAUCAUAUCAGACUGUUUAAAAUCCUGAUGGUGAGAUCUUCAGGUCAGAGAAUUCUGAGCUCUGGGAUGAUGCCCAAAGUUGGAUGAUCGAAAGAUUAUUUUCCCAGUCGGAGCUGUUUUUUUUUUCCAGAGUUCCCAGUUGUCUUGAACGCACUGAAUUCGGACGUUGUAGAUGUCCAAGUUCCGAGUUGUCUAAAAUAGUGCACUAUAGAGGGAAUAGUGUGCCAUUGGGACAUACCCAGAAUGUCUAAUGAAUGUGCAGUUUUCCUUCUCUAAAUGGGUGUAAUAAAGAAUGAACUGUCCACCUCCUUUUCUAACAUGCGGUUUCUAAUAAACCAGUUGCUCUAAUUGUA